AUGGAGGAUAUCACACUAUUAUUCAGCCAGUCUUGUCAAGGACUAGCUACAGGACGAAUGAUUAAACCGGCAGAACUCACCAUGCUGGAUGCUAUGAACGCUAUUCAGCUGUUGGAUGCUAAGAUGGAUUCUGGGAUGAUCAUUCAGUCCGCUAUGUCACCUGUUCGCUUUGAUCCCGAGGCGCCUUUAUGCGUCGAAGAUGUAUGCUGGGUCAUGGACAGAAUGAUGGCGCUGGAGGUGGCAUGGUAUCGAGGUGCAACGCUGUGUCAAUCCGUUUACACCGGCUUAUAUUACCACAAUCCCCAACAUCUCGCUGGACCUUCGAGAUAUCCUCAGCAGGAACAACAGACUUACCUGAUGUACCUGGUACUUCGAUCCUACGUUCUACUUUACUGCAAGACCAUUGAUCUCGCUUACUCGGAGUUUGCCAAAAACCAUGUAUACGACGGCGAAGAUUGCUGGUUAGAUCAUUACGGUGUCGCCGUAAGAAUGAGUGAUCCAAUUGAAGAUGUAGUCAGUCUCACGGAUGAAGCCCUUGUGUGGCUUGAGAGCGAGCAAUGUGACAUAUCGACCAAAUGGCGUGAACAGCUGAUCAAACGUUUGGUCUUCCGAAGGGCAGCAUUCGAUCCUACCAUGCCUUCUCAUCUUCGCCAGAGCAUGCCCCUACCCGCGACUGAGCAUAUUGAGAUCGGUACCGCAUGGCAAGUCCUAUCUGCGGGCUUGGAUGAUCUGGUCGCGCUUGAGUCGCUAGUACAGGACGGAACUUGGAAUCAAUGGGAUUCAAGAUUCGAUCUGGUGUCCAACCGACUAUUCGAUGGUGGUUUGCACGGAAACGAUCUCAUGGCACUUGCGACAAUAAAUCGAGAGAGUAGUAAAAAUCCGGCGAUCUUGCGGGAUUUUGGGGAAGUCACAUCAGAGCUAGGACCCGCGGCCUGUCAACAAAUUAGUGUAUGGAAAAACCUCGUCUCAGGGGUGCUACAUGCUAUACGUCUGGAUUGCCUCAUAGAGUCGAAUCUAGCUUCGCUUGAUCUUGAUAUGGCAACGCCGCUCGACGAGACAGAGCUUUGGUGGUGGAUGAGUCAAGUAGCUUCAGAAAGAGCAAUCUGCUGCCCUUUGUCAUCAACCUGGCAAUCGUCAUGGGCCAAAGUAUGGGCGUCCAUGGCUUCAGCAGUCCAGAUCGAAAAAACGCUUCUUCAGGAUGCCACGCGACAUCUCGUCGAAGCAAUCGAGAGGCUGGAUCACAUUCUGGAAGAGACCAAUGAUUGUUUCGUCGGAGUGUCAGACUUUUACUGA